AUUAAUCCGGAUUCGAUAAUCAGUUUUGAAUGGUUAGGUUCCAAUACCCUCUCAAUUGUUACUGUGAAGGAUCGAACACAAAUUUUCUUUAUCAAGUGUAGUACUAAUCACCGCUAUACCAACCGUAAAUUGCGAAUGGGUAAAGACAACUUCUUUUUUCGCAGUCAAAACACUCAAACUUAACUCACUUUAAAUGUUUAAAAAAAAAAAAAUCACUUUAAAUGUGGAAAACUCGAAGGUCGAAACCAAAGAAAAAUUAAAUUCAAAUAAAAAUUCAGAUUGCAGAAACAAAAAUUCACCAUCUCGAAUUCACGAUCAUCUUCCCGGUGAUACCUCUGCUCUCUUCAAAGUAAUAGUUUUCUUUCACAAAUUUCGUUUUUUAUGUGUUAAAUAAUAAUUUUUAUGUUCUGAAUUGUCAAUUUUUUUUUGUUCAAUCAAUUUGUAUAUCUGUUUAUUUUUUUUCAAUCAAUUUGUAUAGAAUUAUUACUCAAUUGUAAAUUUGAAGGAUUAUUUCAUAUCACAGUCGGUUAAUUGCCAACGAAUUAUGGGAUAAAAUCAAUUGAUAUUUUUGGAUUAGGGUUAUUAAUUACAAGUUAAAUUUUUAUUUUUUAAAAAAAAUAUUUGUUUCAUGAUUUCUCAGAAUGUUUGUAAAUUAGGGUUUUGUUUUGUGAAAGCUUAUAUCUUUAUUGAUCAUUAUAAUUUAGUCUCAUUACAAAUUAAGUCGUAUGUAGAUUCAUCAUAUAUUGAUUUUGUGGCCAAAAUUAAAUCAGCUCAUAUCAGAUUUCAUAGUGUAAAAUAAUUAAUUUAACUGAUCAGAUUUUAUAAUGUGAUUUCAAAAUUAAUUAUAUUAAAUUAAAUUUAAUAAUCCCUUCUAUGCAUAACUUUACUUUUGCAUUUUCAUGGUCUCCAUGCCCUUGUUUGACCAUAAAGAUUUUUUGUGAUGCCCUUGAUUAUUUAUAAACUUUACAUUGACAUGAAUUCGACAAGAUAAUGUUUUUGAUAAUAUUUAAACCACCAAUAAUGAAGUGAAGGUAUAAUGUGAUGUAAUUGCCAAUUUUCUAAAGAUUUUUUUUAUGAAUAAUCUUUGUUUAUGUUCUGUUCUUAUACAUCAUAUGUCUUGGAAAUUAAAUCAACUAAAACGAGUACGUACUUUAGGUCAGUCGGAAUUUUGUUUUCUUUUUUAUUCUAGCUGCCUCUGGAUGUUUUUGUAUUAGCAGUAUCAAGUAUGGCUCAUAGUGGAUCCAAGAAAAAGAAGAGCCUUGAAACUCAAGUUGAUAUGCACUAUACUAGAUUCAAGAAAAGGAGGAGCCUUAACAAUCAAGCUGAUAUUGAUGAUAUUGAUAAGAUUAGUGAUUUGCCGCGAGAUGUGUUAACCAGAAUUAUGGAAUGUUUGCCCCUCCGGGAUGCUGCACGAAUGUCUGUUGUUUCGCGUAAGUGGCAGGGCAUUUGGACUUCAAUCCCUAGUCUUGCUUUUGAUGCUCACUUUUUUGCAAGGGUUCUUAGAAGAAGUGUACCUGAAACCCAUCAAUUUUGCAGCAUUGUGAGUAAAAUACUCUUUCAACAUGAAGGUUCCAUUCUCAAAUUCACAUUGUGGGUUCCUCCUGUAAAAACUUGUCCUGAUGUUACUCAGUGGAUAUCCUUUCUUUCAAGAUCCGGUCUUAGGGAGUUCGGCCUGUGUAACAUGUACCAUACGCCUCUUAAGUUGAGCUGGCAUCUCUUUUCUUGUGAUAGCUUGGAAACUUUGAAUCUUUAUAACUGCAUAUAUAGUCCUCCUCCUAAUUUUGGGGGCUUUCCGAGGCUGACGAGCCUGGAGCUUUGCAGAGUCAAUAUAGUGUGCUGGACACUCAAAGAUGUAAUUGGCAGUUGCCCUGUACUACAAAAUCUAGUUUUAAAAAACUUUUCUGGUAUGGAGGAUAGGCAUCUUAUUAUUGAUGUUCCUCUCCUCAGAAACUUGGUUGUCGAUGGUGCAUUUGCUUCAAUCGAUGUUACAGUUUCUGAAAAUCUUGUGUCAGCUUCCUUUGUUCUACAGAAAAUGACAAAAAAUUGUCCUGAGGAAGGGAAUUCAUAUGAUCUGAUCAAUUCUCUUGCAAAUUCUAGUAAACUUGAAUGGCUUUGUUUAGGUGGUCAUUUUUGUAAGGUAUUGUUUGAAAAGCAAAACCUUCCUAAUACUUCUCCGAAAUUGAAAAAUUUGGAGUUGCUGUCCCUCCAUCUGAAUGAUCUAGAUGAUUUUUCUUCUGCAAUUAGCUCUAUUCAGAGCUUUCCUAACAUUGAAACGCUUGAUAUCUCUGUUAAUACCAGCAAAAAUCUGGAUAAUAAUGUGCUAGUUUACGAUCCUGACUUUAUAUUACAUCACCUCCGUUGUGCAAAAAUUGGAAUUUGGAGUGCUUCCAGUACAGAGCUCAAGUUGAUUGAGUUUUUGCUUGCGUGCUCUCCUGUGCUUGAGAAGUUAUCGAUAUCAUUGACUAUGCCCCUGAAGCAGGGCUCUCACUCCAAGAUGUCGACUCAGUUGAACAGGUUUCGUAGAGCAUCACCAAAGGUGGAAGUCAUCUGUCCAGAGCGUAAAGUCUUUCCAAAGAAAUUACCUCAUGGGCGCUAUCAAGUAUCAUUCACUUCAUCUCCGACUUCUCAACAUAUUAGUAUAGAUUCGUCGUCCUCUGACUACAUUGAGUAUUAUUCAGAUGCAUCUUCUUGAUCAGACUAGUUUGUGGUUUUGUAUGUAAUGAUUUGGAUAGUUUCGGGUUUAAUAUGUAGUGAUUCUGCUUUUGUGAUUUUGUAUGUUUAGGGGAUUUUUGUGAUUUUGUAGGUGGCGAAUUGGAUUAGUUUGUGAUCAGUAUUCAGUGGUAAUAAUGUUCUGUAUGUACUGUGUAAUAAGUCUAAUUAGUUUGUGAGUUUUUAUGAUUUGUACUCGUAUCUCAUAAAUAAUCAGAGAUAUAAGUAUAUAACGAUCUCUUUCCGGUGGUUCUAGUGUUACUUGGUGUAAUAAUCGCUCUUUAUUUGAAUAUUGCAAAAAAUAACAUGGGUAGUAAUUAAAAUUGGAUUGCCAUUUUGCAUACGAAUUUUUCC